GCAGCAAAGUGAAAGGAGGAAGCAGAGAUCUUUCCUGCAGCUGCCGUCACAGCUCUCUUCUGCAACAGACUGAAUCAUGGGGGUGGAAGAAGUCCAAGUGACCUCUGACCUCUCAGGGUCACGACCCCGUGCUCGACCUCAGGGUGUGUUCCACAGCAUCAAGUUCUUCGUGCUGUGCCACAGUCUCCUGCAGCUGGCCCAGCUCCUGGUGUCAGGCUACAUGAAGAGCUCCAUCUCCAGCAUCGAGAGGCGUUAUGGUCUCUCCAGCCAGAAGUCCGGGCUCCUCGCCUCCUUCAACGAGGUGGGAAACACGCUGCUCAUCGUCUUCGUGAGCUUCUUGGGGAGUCGAGUCCACCGGCCGCGGUUCAUCGGGGGCGGAGCUCUGCUGGCCGGCCUCGCCUCGCUGAUGAUGGCGCUGCCGCACUUCUUGAGCGGACCGUACGACUACAGCAGCUCCAGCAGCUCAGCCUCCAGUCUUAACAACAGCCUCUGCCAAUCAACAAACGUCUUCAGCACCUCCUCAUCCAAUCAGAGCUGCAGCCGGCCUCAGAGUCCCGCCCAGGAGAGGGUGUACCCCCUGCUGCUAUUGGCUCAGCUGCUGCUGGGCGUGGCAGCCGUUCCCAUUCAGCCCUUCGGGAUCUCCUACAUCGACGACUACGCCAGCAAGAGGAACUCGCCGCUUUACCUCGGAAUCCUCCUGGCGGUGACGUCCAUCGGUCCGGCCCUCGGCUUCAUCACCAGCUCCUUCAUGCUCAGACUCUACGUGGACUUUGACAAGUUGUCCACAGACGAGAUCCGGCUGGAGUCCAGAGACCUUCGCUGGGUCGGCGCCUGGUGGCUCGGCUUCCUCGUGGCCGCCGGCCUCCUCUUCCUCGCCGCGCUGCCCUACCUCUUCUUCCCCAGAGUCAUGCCCCGAGAGGACGAAGCGGACGAUGCCGAGUCCAGACCGGACGAGCAGCAGCAGACCAAGCCGCUGCAGCAUCUCUCCGUCCUUCACUUCCUCAAAAGUUUCCCUCGGACCGCUCUGCGGACGCUGCAGAGUCCCGUCUUCCUGCUGGUGGUGCUGGCGCAGGUCAACCUGGCCGCGCUGCUCUCCGGCCUCGCCACCUUCAUGGCCAAGUUCAUCGAGAGACAGUUCAGUCAGACCGUCUCCUUCUCCUCCAUGAUGAUAGGAGGAGUCGGGAUCCCGAUGGCCGUGCUGGGCACCGUCCUGGGCGGAGUCCUGAUGCGGAGGUUGAAUCUUUCUGUCGGUGGAGCCAGCAAGUUGUGCACCAUCGCCAUCGUGCUCUGCAUCCUGUCCUCCGUGCCGCUGCUGCUCCUCGGCUGCUCCACCCAGAGGGUCGCCGGAGUCUUUCCUCCAGACCCUGAUGCACUGGCGUGCAGUGCCAGCUGUGGUUGUCCUCCGGACGUCUUUAACCCGGUGUGUGGGUCAGACGGGGUCGAGUUCAGGUCACCGUGUCACGCCGGCUGCGACGGGAUCGAGACGCACGGCAAACACAAAGUCACUAACUACACUGAGUGUCGAUGCGUCACCGGUCUCGGACGCGCGGCUCCUGGAACCUGCGGCAGCGGCUGUGCCCACUUGCUCCGCCCCUUCAUGGCUCUGCUGGGAAUCACCAGCUUCAUCGCCGCCUUCUCUCAGACGCCGUCAUACAUGAUGAUUCUCAGGACGGUGCCGUCGGAGGACAAGUCCUUCGCUGUGGGAGUUCAGUACAUGUUGUUCAGAGUGCUCGCGUUCAUGCCCGGGCCCGUGUUGUACGGCAGCGUCAUCGACACCACCUGCAUCCUGUGGGGCAGGAAGUGCGACAAGCAAACGUCCUGUCUGUACUACAACCUGGACCGCUUCAGACAGAGGUUUCUGGGCUUGCAGCUCGUGUUCGUGUGCGGUGGAAUGCUCUGCUUCCUGUUGACCGUGGUGGUCCUGCGGCGGUCGAGCAGGCGCCAGGAACCAGAGGAGGACGGGAAGGGCUACGAGCUGGUGGCCGGGCAGAAGACACCUGAGGACGCUUCAUCGAAAGGGAGAGAGGAAAAAGGUGUGAAGACCUGAGGAGAGGAAACCAGAGGACGCAGGGAAAGAGAGAGGACGUCUGACCAGAGAGCCGGAGGGAGGAGGAGGAGGAGGAGGAGGAGAAGAAGAAGAAGAAGAAGAAGAAGAAGAAGAAGAAGAAGAAGAAGAAGAAGAAGAAGAAGAAGAAGAAGAAGAAGAAGAAGAAGAAGAAGAAGAAGAAGAAGAAGAAGAGUGGAGAUGACCGUGUUUCUGCUGAGUCGUCUCUGGAGGAGCAGCUGACGUCAUGAGACUAAGAGCUUUUAUUUUUGUAUCUUCCAGUGUCUGAUCGCUGCUGUUUUCCUUCAUAAGCUGAUAUAUUCUCACAUAUAUGAUGAUUUUACAUGUUAAUACACUUUUUUUUAUAUAAUGCAAAAUUAUUACUUCAACAAAUGUGAAAUCUGAAGCCACUCGAUGAUGUCACUCCAUAUAUCUUAUUGAAGUCAGCAGCUGAAGUGACCAUUAACAUCAGAUGUGAUUCAGAAUCUUUCCAUCAGCUGAACUUUGUACUUAGUGUCAGUUAGCACGUGUUAGCAUGCUAACAUGGUCAAUCACAGACUCGUCUCCACUGGGUGGUAUCAAGGUCCCGCCCAGACACACCCUCCACCAAUCAGGAGUCGGUCUCAACUGUCAAUCACGACGUCUCAGAUGUUUUUUAUACCAUCAAAUAACUAGUGACGGCUUCACUCUCACUGGACUUUGGACCAAUCACAGAGAACCUUCUGUUUUUAUAACAAUGUAACGAUGAUGUAAUAAACUCUUCAAUCUUAAAA